GUUCGCUUUGAACCACACAGCUUCGGGGGAUUGAAGCGUCACCGCCUACAGCCUGCCAUCGGUCGGCAGGUAGUCUCGCGAUCGCAGGCUCGCCGGUCGUAGCAGAAUUCUAGCGAGCCGCGCUGGAUCCACUACUUGGGAUAAUCCGCAGCUUCGGGGUCUCUGGCCACCGCGGCACGACCAGUUCUCCAAGUCUCCAAUCAAAGAUGAACAUUUCUGUUGCAUGUUACCGAUGACUGAGUGUAUGGAUAUUGACAAACCGGAUGCCAGUAACAGAAGUGCUAACAGAAGUGCGCCUCUAAACAAGGAAAAUGGACUUGAUCUGUAUCGUGCAUCUCCCAAUGAAUCAGGUGAAGGUUUGCCCUAUGCUCCGGAAAAUUGGCCUAACCCUGGUGAUAAAUGGGGCUGGAAGGCAGGGAAAAGAGUACACCAAGCAGGCUACUUUGUGGAUAGGUACCUGUAUCCACCAAGCAAUCUUACACUUGCUGGAAAACCUGUACAGAGGAAACGUUUUGCUAGUAAACUUUCAGUUAAACAAUUUGUCCAGGCAGCUUUUCCUGACAAUAAUGUCAGUGCAUUCUUUGCUUCAUUUCACUGGAAGAUUCUCUCAAAGCAGAAUAUGUUAAAAGGGUCUGAGUCUCAGUUAAAACAUGAUGGUUGCAAGGCUGGUAACACAAUGUGCAUCAGUUUAUCAGAAUCACCUGGUCCUCCUUUGGAAGCCAUGUUUUGUGACAUUUGCUGCAGCGAACCCAGAUUCUGCCGAGAUUGUUGCUGUAUUCUUUGCUGUAAGACUAUUGAUACUGGCGUUGGGGAUUAUAGUUACAUUAGGUGUAAAAAAACUGUCCAAGAUGGCUGUAUUUGUGGACACUUAGCCCACAUAGAAUGUGCUCUUAGAGCUUAUGUGGCUGGAACUGUAGGAGGAAGCAUCGGUUUGGAUGCAGAAUAUUUUUGUCGGCGCUGUGAUUCGAAGACGGAUCUUGUUUUCCAUGUGGAUUUUGUUCAGGCAUGUGAAACCGUUGAUUCACGGGAUGAGAUUGAUAAGAUGUUGAGCCUUGCCAUUUGUAUGUUGCGUGGCGCACGGAGAGUGACUGCAAAGCAAUUAUUACAACAUAUUGAAUCAGCAGCAGCAAAGCUUAAGACGGGAGUUGACUUUGGAGAUGCGUGGAACAAGGAAGCAUUUGAAGAUACCGUUUCCUUGUUGAGACAAGAGGAUGCUCCACUUAAUAAUGGAAAUGGGUUACCCGAGUGGGCCAACAACCGUGAAGAACCAAAAGAAAACAACAGUCCUUCACUGCUAGGAAUGGAUUCUUCAAAGUUCGACCUCCGAGCCGAAUCACUUCAACUAGGCAUAGAGAUUGACCAAAUUCUGCAGUCAUUGAGGAGGUCACAGGAGUUGGAGUACAGCAUUGCCGAGGAAAGGCUUCUUGCACAGAGGAACCGCGUCAUAAACCUGUACGAACAAAUCGACAAGGAGAGGUCUCAGCUGUUGCACCACUCUGCCACGUUCGCCGACUUGGAACCACUGCUAAAUGCGUUCUAUGAGAGGGUUGAGCAGGUGAAACGCGAAGCCUUGAAACUCAGGGAUAUGAAGCAAGUGGAAAUGGGAUUUGGGAGAACUUCAAAGCACACACUUGAGGAACAUUUUGGGCUAAAAAUGUGAACAUUGUUGAGACAUGCUUUGCUAGUUGUGUACGUAAACUGUGUAGUUUAAUAGAGUUCUUUUUUUGGUGAUCAUUCGUUCUAUUUGUUUUUUUAGUGAUCAUUCAUUCUAUUGGACUAUCUACCUAUGAAUUUUUUUUUCUCAAUCUUCUUUUUAGGCUGUCUGAAAAUAUUCUUCUCAUAAAAAUUAUUGUGAGUU